AUGGUUACUAGAUAUCCUUCGGUAAGGUCAAAAUGGCGGAGAGCCCGCGAUUGUCGUCGCGCGCGCAACGGCGAUAUUGCGGGCAUCGUUUGCAUUAAUAGCGCGCGCAACCAAACGUGACGCAAGCCCGCGAAAUAAAUUGCCUAAUACCGUUUAGCUCCGCACCGUUUGCGAUUACAUCGACAAAAAUGCCGAUUGAAAAGCCGAAUGAUAUUGAAUAUUUCCCCUUAUGCCUUCUCCUUCUCCUCCCCCCCUCACUCUCUCUCUCUCUCUCCAUCCUCUUUCUUUAUCUCUCGCCCAGCAUUAUCCCCCUCCUCUUAUUUUGCAAUAUCGAACACUCUCCGGUUAUUGAGAUUGCUGGCAAUAUCAUUCGAGAUUACUUUUCCGGUGUCGAUCACGAGAGAGAAGAAGACGAUCUUUCAAAGUGAAGUGUUUUUGCGCGCGUUUCCUUUGUCAAGGAAACGAACAAAGAAGCUAUUUUUCGUACGCAGAUCGGCUGCACUCGGCUGAGAUCAUACCGGAUUUAGUAGUGUAUGCGUCAAAUCGUUCAUUCAACGCGUGAAUAUGUUCAUUCAGUGUAAAAUGGCACUGUUGACUCAGUGUUAGCAAAUAUAAUAAGACAAGGAAAAUUUCGAGACUCAUGUUCCUCGCGCGUUCUGCGUUGCGAGACAAAGUUACUCCAAAAAUACAAACAAUUUUGAAAGACUCGACUUCAACCGAGCUUCUAUUAAUUCACUUCGAGUAAAAACUCAAAAAACCUCGAGAAGCUGCAGCCUCGAUCGAGCUCGAUCACAGCUCGACAACGGUGGAGAUUGUGAAAUUCGACAAUGAAGUCAAUCGUAACGUAACGUUCAUUCACCGUUGGCUUUCUUGCGAAGGACAACGUCGCGAUACGCACGAUCGACCUUCGAGAGGACACGUCCUCCAUAGAAUUAUUUCACAGCGAUUAUUUUCCAUGCUUCGUCGUCUCUCGAUCGAAGGCUGCGGUUAUUUGGGUCGCGGACAGCGGCGAAUUAUCCGCUCAAUUCUUCCGCUCUUGAUUUUUCCACGAAUGCAAAAUGACGGACAACAAUAUUAGCGGCGAGAAUGAGAGGAGCGACGAGAAAACGGAUCCGGGUUCUAUCAGGCACGGGAACUUCAUAAAUUAUUACCAAUUCCAUCCUGCGGAAGAGCGCGUGCGGCAACUUCCGCGUGGCGUGUGGCAGCGGCUCGCUUAUCCGGCCCGGAAAUACGCGGGUCUAGACGUCGGCUGUAACAUCGGGGAUCUCACGUACGUCCUGCGCGAUUUUCUCGAGGAGGCCAUGUCUCGAGAUCAACCCGAAAUUUCAUUAAUCGGUAUGGAUCUGGAUCCGAUCCUGAUAGAGAGAGCGCGCGAGCGCAAUCCGCGCCCGGAUCGCCUGACCUUCGAGUGUCUGGACUUUUUGUCCGAAGAUUGCGACAAGACCCUGAAGACGUAUCUGGCGCGGCUUCAUAAGACGCGAUUCGACGUAGUGUUCUGUUUCUCGAUCACCAUGUGGAUUCAUUUGAAUCACGGUGAUGACGGUCUGGAAAAAUUUCUGCAGAAAGCGUGCGAUCUCGCGGAAAUGAUCGUGAUCGAACCGCAGCUGUGGAAAUGUUACAGAGCGGCGUCGAGACGACUGAGACGAACGAAAUCGGAGGACUUUCCGUUGCGAAAGAAAUUAAAAUACACUGGCGAUAUGAUCGGUCACAUAGAGAGCAUUUUGACGAGAAUGUGCGAUUUUCAAAAAGUCGCUGUUACCGCGGCCAACAAUUGGGGACGCACGCUUUUGAUUUACGAGAGGAAAAAAGCAUAAUUAAUAAAUAAUAUAAUUAACAAGAAAUCAAUAGACACAGUAUUAUUAGAAACGCGUUUGUAAUAGACAUUGCGGAU